CUCUCCAUUUUUGUUUCUGCUUGUUCAUCAAACCCAAGCUCCACACAAACAGCGAUUAAAAAAAAAAUGGCAACCACCCUAGCAAGAAUCGCUCGACAAUCCCUAACCACCACCACCAAUCUCUCACUUAAACGUCACUUCGUGACGGAGGCGGCUGCGGCUUCGACAGCGUCUUCAAAAUCGAUAACGCCAUCAGUAGAUCGAGUGAAAUGGGACUACCGAGGACAGAGGCAAAUAAUUCCGUUAGGUCAGUGGUUACCGAAGGUAGCUGUGGAUGCAUACGUGGCACCAAAUGUGGUACUCGCGGGUCAAGUUACUGUGUAUGAUGGAGCAUCAGUUUGGAAUGGAGCUGUCUUACGUGGCGAUCUUAAUAAGAUCACCGUCGGUUUUAGCUCUAAUGUUCAAGAACGGUGUGUCGUUCACGCUGCCUGGAACUCUCCUACAGGACUGCCAGCAGAGACAUCUAUUGAAAGGUAUGUUACCAUUGGUGCAUACAGUCUCCUUCGGUCCUGCACAAUUGAGCCGGAGUGCAUUAUUGGGCAGCAUUCUAUCCUUAUGGAAGGAUCAUUGGUGGAGACACACUCCAUCCUGGAAGCCGGGUCUGUGCUUCCCCCAGGAAGGAGAAUUCCAACAGGUGAACUUUGGGCAGGAAAUCCAGCAAGGUUUGUCAGAAUACUGACCCAUGAAGAGAUACUAGAAAUCCCUAAAUUAGCUGUUGCAAUUAAUGAUCACAGCAAAACCCAUUUCUCAGAGUUUCUCCCGUACUCCACAGUAUAUUUAGAGGUUGAGAAGUUGAAGAAGAAGCUGGGGAUUAGUGUUUGAUGCUUUUUUGCUGUCUUCUUUCUAUGUAUCAGUUGUUAACUGUAGCUUUUCAUGAAAUAAACAGCUCGAGAACAUAUUGAAGCAA